AUGUCUUGCUUUCGACCGAUACCCAGAUUGGUAAGCCCGAAUUUGCAGGGACAGACGAUCAAUCGCAGUACCCUUAGUACCUUUCGUGUGGGAGUUGUCCCCAGACCUCUACCUCUACGAGUAAUUAGAUCCAAUACCAGGAGAGACCAUACCUCCUCCUCCUCCUCCUCAUUGAUCGACGAAUGGUCAUGCAAACUAACGACUGGCGCUCCGAAAUUCACCUACGAUACGGUCGAUGUCGACCGGAUAAGUCAACUGCGCAGGAUCUUACCCACAAGACAACAACAACAACAACAACAACAAUCUAGUCUGUAUUUGGAAGAUCUGAAGGAAGAUGAAGAUUUGGAUCCGUCCUUCCAUCUGGUCUUGUUUAGACCUAAACCCAUGCUGAGAGAUUUAGGUUCGGAUGGGACCAGUACAGAAUACAAUGCUCCACCACCCUACACUCGACGGAUGUGGGCGGGAGGUUCGAUCGAAUGGUCCGCUCUCAACCGUUCGUUGAGAGUUGGUGAAAAGGUCACUCAGAUUGUGAAUGUACCGAAAGUGGAAUUUAAGAUGGACAUGGUUUUUGUCAAUCAGCAAUUACGGAUUUAUCCUGGUACACUCAGUGACCUUGGAGGAUUCGACGAAGAGAGUUGGUCGAUAAGGGAGAUACGUACACAUGUUUUUAGGAAAGGACCCACUACUACUACUACCACUUCCACACCCGUCAGACCGGCAUCCACACCAUCUGAAGAUCGCGAUAGUAUAGUAAGUUCAGACAACUCAGAUGUGACAUUCACUCAUACCCCUUCAUCUCCAUUGUUAUUCUUCUAUUCUGCACUCACGUAUAACCCUCAUAAAGUGCAUUAUGAUCAUCCAUGGACGAUCAACCAGGAAGGUCACCCGAGACCAUUGGUUCAUGGACCCUUGACAGCUACGUUGUUAGUAGAGCUAGCCAAUCUGAAUAAACCCAGUGGGAAAAGGUUGAAGAUGUUUAGAUAUAGAGCAACGAGCCCUAGGAUAAUUGAUGAUGAGAUCAAGCUCAUAGGUAAUACCACGGAGAAUGGAGAAGGAAUGGAAUUGAUGGCUGUUCAGAAUGGUAAUAUCGGGAUGAAAGCUGCCAUGGAGUAUCAAUGA